CUGUCUUAACGGUUUAGGAAGGUUCAAAGUGUCUACAGAAAACUAGAGAGAAAGGAAAAAGAAGAUAGAGAAAGAGAAUAUAAAUCGAUAUCUUUUUAUAUGUCUCAUCUCUAGAUCCUAUACUUAGGAUAUGUCUUCUUCUUCCGUUUUGAGUUUUGUUUAGAUUGAGUUCUGUUUAGAUUGAGUGCUUGUUAAAUUUGAUCAAAGCAAUGAGUUAUUAAUCAGAGACGAACGAAUGUUUUAAAAAUUAAUACAUUUUUAUUUUAUAAUAAAUAACUUUGAUAUUAAUAAAUGAAAACGAUUGUAUCUUGUUGUUGCUCUUUGAUGAGUCAAUCGUCAAUAGUAUUCAUAGUCGUUCAAGAUAAUAUUAAGUAAGUUUACUUACGACGAUCCGUCGAAUUGCGAUGAUCGUAUUCUUUGAAAAAAAUGUUAUAUGAUGAUUUCGGUGGAAUCAAAAAUUACGAUCGAUAUCAAUAACAAUAUAUCGUUAAAUUGAUGAUAUAUUGUUAAACAUAAUUCAUUCUGACACGUAAAAAAUUUACUUAUAACGUACAACAAGUUUAUUUAUAACGACGUCUUUUAUAACGUAAAUGAUAUUUCUGUUUGUAGUCUAAAUAAGUUUACGCAUAUCCGAGACAAAUCGAGUCAUGAAUUGUUAAAUAAAGAAGACUUUUGUCACGGUUUAUACGAGACAGUGAGAAAAAGAUGAAACGAGAGAGGAAGACAGAGAUAUGUAUGUAUAUUUGUACCUUGUACUUCGAUAAACGUACUCGUUUGCAAAACUUCUUCGUAUGCAAUGCUUAACCAUUCAAACAAAAAGUAAACUGAGUGACGUUAAACGUAGCAUACACGGAUGCCAGUCAAACUUAUUGGAAAGCCAAUGUAUUAAAAUGCGACACCGAACAUUAAUCGGAAAUGGAAGAUGAUAACACCAAGUCGUAAAUACUCGUUAUCGCCAAAAUGCAUUUUGUAUUGCAUUCCAACGUAUUCGAUGACAUUUAUCAAGGCAUAUACCGUUCGAUAAAAUCUAUUCAAUUAGAUAAUCCGUUUUCUAAGAUAUAUAUUAAUAGCAUUUUAACAUAUUUUUCUUUAAACAUAAAUUGUUUUAAUCGUAUUAAAACGUAACUGUGAAAUAUAUUUGAAGUAACUGUAUAUUAAAUUCAUAGAGCUUUUUUUAUUCAUAAUAUUUCAUAUGAUUCGUAAACGAUUAUUCACGUACGGUUCUUUCUCAUAGAAAAAUUUAACGAAUCUAGGUAUUAUAAAAUAGUAUGAUAGAUCUGAACAAAAUCGAUUGAGAAUGUAUAAAGUUUAAUCAAUUCAAUGAUUUCAUAAUUCGAUUUAUAUCUUAAUAGCAAAGUUCCGUAUAAAUUUCUCGAUUAUCUACGUGUACAUCUGUGAUUCCCACUUGUAUUAUCAUUAUAAUUACGUAUUCUAUGCAUGAAAACAAAAUAAAGGAAAGAAAAGCAAUGAAACCGAAAGGCAAAAAAAAAAAAGAAUUGAUAAGAAAUGAGGAAUGAGAUGAGGCUCAUUGCUAUAACUUAUUUAUUGUUUAAAUUUACAUCUCAAAUGGAUCAGACAAAUAAUUGGUUUUAUUGAAUAAUAUUAUGAAAAGAAAGAGAAGUAGAAAAAAAGAAGUAAAAAGGAGGAAACCAGCCGGAAAAAUGUUCUUAACAAGCCAGGCGAUAACUACACCACGUACAUACACGUAUAUGCACACGUAUAGAGACAAAUAGAAUAAUACAUUGAAUAGAAUAAAGAUGUGAGGAUGUCGAAUGAUUCACGAAGACAUAUACUUUAAUUAUUAUCGUCAGUGCCGGACGAUAUAUCGAAGAAGAUGCACGUACGUUGUACGGUAAGGCUUUUGUUCACGAGUUUCCUCUUUUUCGUUGAAAACAUAGCAGCACCGAUAAGACCAUCAACGAAAUGGAACGGUUAUCAUCGGAUAGAUCUGCCAAAGAAGUGUUGUAUCGAGGGUUAUCUCUUCAACGACGAGCUGACGUGCGUGAAGGUCAUCGAGGAUAAUAAUUUUUCGAAGGAAAUGGAGACGGAAGUACGUGCUUAUGGGGUCUCGUGCGAGAAGGACGUUGCAAUGUGGAUGGAAGAACGUGGACCGAACGAUUCGUGGACUUACGCGACGGUCGACGUCCCAAACGACUACUGUCUGGAAAUGAUGACGAAUGGGACGCAAGUGUUGGCCAGGUGUCCGGAUUUAUUAAAGAUGAACGACAAUUCGUCAACGGCCAAUUCGAUCGUUUCAACGACAACGACAACGACAAGGACAGUUUACAACGAGAGGAAGACGAUAUGCGAUAAUAAAAAUCGUACGAAAAAAUUAGAGGCUAUAUUUUGGGGUGCGAAAACGUACAUGUUGACUAACAUAGCUCACAUGAUACUCUGCAUCGUCGUCGUAGUAACAUAUUUGUCGGUACCUGAACUUCGGAAAGGUGUCUACAAUCAUGCAGUUCUUCGACACAACAUAUCCUUGUUGGGAUUGGGUUCUAUACUAACGUUCUUGAGUUACUGUCAGUACCCCUUGGACGAUAACCUGACCAUCUUGCUCUGGCUUCUUCUACAAUAUUUCACCCUGGCGACGGUAUUCUGGUUGAACGUGAUCUGUUUCGACAUGACCCUCUGUAUCACAAGAUUCCGUUGGACGGUCGGACUCGGUGCUAACAACGAGAGAGACAAAUACAGAAGAUUGCUUCUAUACGGUGUUUUCGCUUGGGGUGGUGCGCUUCUACCCACGGUCGUUGCCGGCAUCUUCGAAUACACACCAGGAAUACCAAAGAACUUCCCGUUGAAGCCCAAUUACGUUCGGUAUUGCUUGGGCCCAAACCCAACGGUGAAUUUCUACUUCUUCGUUAUACCUCUCAUCACUCUACUCUGUAACAACGUACUCUUUCUUUUCACGACCUAUAAGAUCAUACGGAUACAAAGUAGCACCAAGAUAGCGACGAAAAAUCAAAGCAGCGUACUCACCAAGAAAUAUUUCCUAUUUCUAAGGCUCUAUCUCUUGAUGGGUGCACCUUGGUUCUUCGGUACUCUCUUAGCUUGUCUCAACAAACUCGUCAUAUUAAAGAUCUGUCGUCUCAUCCAGCCCAUACUAUGGCUCUUCAUGUUGUUAGCACGGAAGAAUAUCCGACAAAAGAUCGCCGACAGAUUCUAUUGCUUCGUCUGAUCCGAGGAUCAUAAAGGAACUAUUACUUUGGCUGAUAUGGAUUAGUUCGUUUCGACGAUCUCGCAGAUAAUAUUCCGGUUGGGCUUCUUCCAAAUUCUCGAGGUUACAAGGUUCGUCUGGUCACGUGUAUGGCUUCACAUUUAUGAUGUACUUGGACCGUAUAUAACACAUACAUAUAUAUAUGUAUAUAUAUAUAACUAUAUAUAUAUCUCUUACACCCGUAUGUAUAUAUUUAUUUCUGUAUCUCUCACUCUCGUCUUCAUCUCGCGUCUAUUCUUGCAAAAUUCAUUUACAUUUUCGUUGUGUAAUGUGUCUUGUGAAAUCCCACAGUAGCAUUCGAGGAAAAACUCGACGCUCGAUCAUCUUUCUCUCUCCUUUUUCUUCUUCUUCUCCCUCCCUCUCUCUCUUUCUCUCUUUCUCUUUCUAGCUUUUAUGUUCUUUAACAAUAAGAGUGAGUACGAGAGAGAGAGACAGAAUUCAACUACGAAUCGAGAAAACUUACACGAUGUUCUGUCAGCUUGGACAAAGAGGGGAAAUUCUCUUGUUCAAGGUAGGAUUAGUGACUAGAGAAGAAGUGGAAGGGAAAUAAAAGAUAAAAAAUAUAAAAAAAAAGAAAAAAAAGGAAAAAGAAAAAGAAAAAGAAAAUGAAGAUGAACGACGAACAAGGGAACGGAGAAAAUCAAUUUUAUCGUCGCACUUUCACCGCGAUUCUUACAGAAAAACAUUGGGAAAAUUAUUUUCCGAAGUAUUUGAAUUCGAUUUCGUUUUCUUCAUUUUAUCCUACGUCUCAUGAGAAAAUCGUUCGAUCUCGCUUCCCCCAUAGUUUUCUGUAUUUUUCUUGCUUGUUCGUUCGAACGAGGAUUACGGUAUCGAGCGAGAGACCAGAAUUGCCGUGGAAAAUGCGAUGAAAGGAUGAAAUGUAUGGAAAAGAAAUUCACGAACAGCAUUGACCAUUGGUCCAUACGACGACAUCGACUUCGUCGAUCGAAAUUGGAGGAAGCGAGGGAUUCGCCGUUUUCUUUCUUAGUUUUUAUAAUAUUUCUUCGUUUUGAAGGAAGAAAGAAAACGCUACUUGAUUUGAUCUCAAUUAUUUAUUUAUUUAUUUAUUUCUUCUUUCUGUCCUCUUUUUACAUUUCGAGAAAAUAUUUUAAUUCGUUAUUGUGUAAAAAUUAUUCGUAUCAGAAAGAUAAUCAUUCAUAAAAGAAAAAGAAAUUGUAUCUUUACAUAUUGUAAGAAUAUUUAAUUUAUAGUUUUAGAUAGAAAUAAUAUUAAUUAACGCGUUCUUAUCGAGGAUAUCGAUAACUCGUUUAUGUAUUAAUUAAUCUUUUAUAGAAACAAUAUUUAUAUAUAUUAAUAAUUGUAAUAGAUGAGUAUUAAUUAGAUAUAAUUAUCGUAUAAAGGUAUUAAUUAGAACAAAAGAAGAGAAAGGAGAGAGAAAAAAUGGAACAAAAUAGUUUUAAUAAUAAUAAAAGAAAAAAAAAAAAACAGAAAUUCGAUUUAAUUGAAA